ACUUGGUUCCAUUUUUCGACAACUUUCCAAGAUGGUUGCAAAGGAUCUUAUGAGGAUGUCGAAGAAGUUCAUUGACGAGGCUCAACAGCUUGUUAAGCAACUGUCCGAUAGGCGUACCGAUUUAGAGAAUUUUGCCAAUUUCAUCAAAGUUCAUGGUAAAAUAAAAAAGAAAGUGUCAUUUCUACAAGUUGAGGUGGAAUAUAUGAAAAGCAUUUUUGAGAUGAUUCGUGCUAGCCAGCGACCUUUGUCUGAAAAAGAGAAAGAAAUUGAAGAUGCUACUUGCUUAUCUUGGGAACAAUUACUUUUUUGUCUUGAAGAAGCUUCCAACUUCUUGGUCUAUAAAAUUCCUGAAAUAAUGUGUGACCUUGAUGAUAAGAUUAUGAGGAGUAACUAG